AUGUUAGCUGGUGGAUCUGAUCAUUGUGGUGUAUUACGAUGGAGUUCAGACGGUACAUGGAAUGGUGCAGACUGCUCGUCAACAUACGGCUACAUCUGUAAAUACCCGCUUAACACCAUUUCCUGUGCUGAAUGGAAGCGCAAAGGUUAUACAUCUAAUGGAUACUACACAAUAGAUCCUGAUGGGAGAAAUAAUGGAGUCGAUCCAUACAGAGUAUACUGUGAUAUGACUACGGAUGCUAGCACAGGUAUCACGACGUUCGAGCACCAGGAGGCAAAUCGAUCUUUGGUAACAGGUGCAGAGGCGCCUUUUAGUUUCAUCCGAUACAUUGCCUAUGGUGACAAGUCGGUUAAUCAAGUGGCUACCGGUGCCGAUAUCAGCGGGGAGUGCUACCAAUAUAUCAAGUACGAAUGCCAUCAUUCCUAUAUGACUGGCUUUAAUGCUUGGUAUGACAGAGACGGAACGCAGAAGAACUACUGGGGUGGAGCCACGGUAGACGGCGGAGAGUGCGCUUGUGGAAUCUCAGGUUCAUGCCCAAACGGUCACCCAUGCAACUGCGAUACCAAGGACGAAACCUGGAGAGAGGACUCGGGGUAUCUUACCGAUAAGACUACCUUACCUGUUACUGAAAUGAGGUUCGGUGACACAGGUCAAUUAAACGAGUACGGGUAUUAUACACUAGGACCAUUAUACUGCAAGGGAGAUGAAUCUUUCCUUGUGACGGGUCGUACAGAUUUCAUGUUCAUCAAAGAAAGGCAUCUUACAGGUUACAACAACGCAGUCCUGCCUAGCGUCACGGUUGAAGAAUGCGCCACGGCCUGUGUGUCAGCAUCCAGCUUCAUAUGUAGAUCGUUUGACUAUACUCCAUCCACGUGCUAUCUCAGUGAGGAGAAUGACUUGACUGUUGACCCAUCUAGCGAUCCUCCUCUUCACCUGUAUGUUCGGAUCAUGGACCGCAUUGAAAACCCAUUUACUGGUUGGUAA